CUCCACCCACACAAUGACUGGGUUAUGGGUCGAUCUGUUUAUGUAACACAUUCCAGUCUUGACUUGCUGCAAGUGACACUGCACACGCAGCAGCCGCAAUGUUGGACUUAAUGCAAGAUGAGGUGUUCAGGGCUUUCAGCACCUACGCGCUUGUUGUUAUCUUGAAGACAAUGAUAAUGGCGCCGUUGACUGCGUUUUAUCGCUUCAAGCGAGGGUCCUUUGCCAAUGAGGAGGAUGUGGCCUUUAAGUCUGCGGAGGAAAGAAAGAAGCUACUGAGACCCAACCCAGAUGUUGAGCGAGUUCGUAGAUGUCACCUGAAUGACUUGGAGAAUGUUGUUCCCUUCGUGCUGGUGGGCUUGUUCUACGCCCUGAGUGGACCACAACUCUCGACCGCCUUGCUUCACUUCCGCAUCUUUGCCGGUUGUCGCAUCUUUCACACCAUCUCCUACAUUGGGGCUUUCCCUCAACCGUGCAGAGCACUGUCCUUCUUUGCAGGCGUUGGAGCUACAGUAUCCAUGGCCUACCAUGUUCUCAGUAAAGUUUUUGUUCUCUGAAGAUGAACACCACAUAACUAAUUUGCAAAUAAACAUUUUUCAUGAGACCAUUUUAAUGACUAUUUGCUGGUAGGCAAGUACUGAAUCAGAAGUGCCAGGAGGCGUUCUUAAUUAUUCAAUAGUUUAAAAUUUGAGUUUUCAUGGUAAUAAUGUAACUAUGAAUAAAAAUCUCACGAAACCUUGAAAAACAGAAACGUUACUCUAUUAAGAUCUAGCAACCCGUCCUCUUUGCAGCAACUUAACCCAACUCUUCAAAAGGGAUACCAAGGUGUUUCCUGGAUCUCCUCAGGCCCAUAACACUUCACUAAGAUGUCCAGGGGUCAUCCUACCCAUAUGCCUCAAAUGUUGAACCCUUUCUGAACGACAUUUUUCCAACCGGAACGUUAGAGUCACUUUUGGGGAGCUUGGAAGGUAAACCUACAGCAGGGGAAAGAGUUGAUGCGGUAAUGAUUAGUAUUUGAGUGGGAGGCAAUGGGAAACUUUAAUGUUGCACUGAUACCUGGCCGUGCAGUAUCGGCCGAUACCGAUACCAUUCCAGGGAAACAGGAAAAAGACUAAUACAAAGUGAAUCCAGUAAAAAAUUUUAUUGCAUACCUGGUAUGCGUGACAAUUAGGGCUGCAGCUAUCGAUAUUUUAGUAGUCGAUUAAUCGAUGAAGUACUUAGUUCGAAUAAUCGAGUAAUUGGAUAAGGAACAUAAAAAUAUAAAAAUACCUGAGCUGAGC